CCCGACCAUGAGCGCGGAUCCCCCCCCCGAUGUGGCCGGCUACGGCGCUGCCAUCAUGAAGAACGUGUGGGAGAUCCGCACGCGCGAGUCCUGGGAGCGGCGGCAGCUGGAGGACGAGCGGCGGGAGCGGAGUGCCCUGGACAUCAUCAACAAGGACUGGGCUGAUCGUAUCUACGCCAAGAUGGGAGCCCCCAAAAAGGUGGCGAAGAAACCCAAACCCUCCGAGCUCGAGCUAGACGACAACCUCUGGAAGGGCAAGGUGCCCGCAACCCCUCGUACUGCCCCUGUCCGGAAAUCGGAAAUCAAAGCCAGUGCCACCCCCCUUCCCCCUCCCCCUCCAGCAACGGUUCAAAAGGUGCAGGUCAAGCGUCCGAACCGGCUACAGCUACUAAUGUCCAUCGCGGAAACUCAACCCUCCGCGGCAGUUUGGAGCAAGGCAUGGAAGUACAAGUCCUCCCCCCCACCAGAGGAGGGCUCGUGUACCGACUGGGGCCAGUGCUGGAUGUUCCGCACCAGCCAGCCUCACUCUGAACCCGGUACGCCCUUCCCAGAAGAGCCCAACAUGGCCGACCCUGAGACCCUCCACCUCUGGAGAAAGCCAGACUCCAUCAAGGUGGAACCCCAGGAGUUAGACUGGACCCUCCCCGGGGAGGACUGGCAAGCCUCCUGCGAUAGAUCCGACAUCAUCAAGGGAUGGGAUAAAUCAGAAGAUGGGGGGACUUCGGCCGAGGAUGGACUCUUCACGGCACUGGUGGAAACCCAACGCCGCAAUGAGGUCUUGUCUUCAUCAGAGUGGAUGGAUUCGUGGCGGUCCACCAAGCCUGAACGUGAACCGGAUCCUUUCCCAGCUCUGAGUGAUGGUUCAACGGAAGUCCAAAAGCAAGACGAAGCAAGUGAGAGGACCUCCCAAUGGGAGGACAGUUGGAGAUCAGUCAACCAUCAUGGUAGGAAGGACUCAAAGGUUCAAGCUGCCAGACAAGAGUGGGCCGGUUCAUGGAGAGCAGCUACCAAAGCCAACCUCAAAACGCCUCAUCAACAUGAGGAGAAAGAGCUACAACACCAUGAAAUAGUGUCUCCCAGGACCCCCCACAAGGAUUUGCACCUACAACUCGACGGGUUUGAGCUGGAUUCCGACUGGAACAAGUCAUGGCAGGUGAUAAAAAACAACUCAAAGCCGUCUCAAGAGAUAGACAAGGUACUAAAGGCCUUGCCACCGCUGACGGAAAUGGUUUCAGACCCUCAAGAGGUAGGGGAACCCCCUAAGGUGGAGUACUCUGAGAAAGCCGAUCCGUACUACGAGCAACUCAGACAUGAUGUGAUAUUUCAAGGACGGAGGCAACUCUCCAAUUCAAAGGUGCUCCUUCUAGAAGACCUACUGAAGGUAUCACCACUGCCGGAAUGGAAGGACUCUUGGAAGUUGAUAAAACAUAGAAAGAGAGUGGAGAGGAGACGAUUCCGGCCCGAUCCGAUGGAGCCUUUCAAAGAGGGUGAGAUGGGCGUUUUCUUAGAGGGUUCGUGGAAAUGUACCUAUCAGCCCCUGAAUCAGACACCCGAGCUCUGGGAGCAAGACUGGUCCACUUUCCAGCGACACCGGGAUAAGUCACCAGAAUUCCCUACUAAUGGACCCACUGAUGAGCAGAUUUGGGGGGAAUCGUGGAAGUUCUCGGUGCCUCAGCAUCAGUCAGAACCUGAGCAAGGAACAGCGGCUGAAGGAAGAGGGCAUUCCUGGUCCUUAUUGGAUUGGCAGGAUUCCUGGAUGGUGUCGGAAACCCAGUUCCACCAUGACAAACCCUCUCUGAGUCAGUGGAGGAAUGCCUGGAGGAGGUCCGUCCACCACACGCCGGACAAGGGGGGCGACGAAUCCGCAGUGAUCCAACAACCGAAGAAGAUCCUUUCCUUGGAGGGAGCCAGGGCUAAAAUGAGCCGCUCUUUUGACGAUGCAAUGUUCAGGGAACAAUAUCCCGAAAGGGAGUGGAGGUCUUCCUGGAGUGCUGAGCCGCUUUUAAAACCGAAAUCCAGCCGUAGUGAACCCGGAACAAUUGAUAACAACCAAAGUGACCUUGCUCAAAGGCAGCAAGCCUUAGCUAAUGAGCGUGGAUGUAAAUGGGGUAUGUCCUUCAGGAUUGCCAACCCCAUGCCCCACCUGGAGGGGCCCUGGACGGAGUCUUGCCCCAACCCCGUUCGGUAUCCACCAAUCUGGUCGAGGCACAAGGAGACGCGUGCCAACUUAAGCAAAUCCGAUGCUGACCUCAGGUUCUGGGCAAACUCGCAUCUCCUUCUGCGGGGUUCCGGACCACAGAAGACGGGGAGAAGGAGCCACGGCGACCCCCGGGUGAUCUUAACCAAAAAGCCAAAAACCAGAAAGCAUCUGCUCUCCAACAUCGUGAAGGAGCAGAAGUCGGACAAGAAGUGGGCAGGGUGCCACCUCCUGGCUAAAACCCAACCGCGUUCAAAGAAAGGCGGUGGCUCGGCGACCAAACCCAUGAUUGAAAAAGAACCCGAAGACAAACUCUUUGAGGACUGGGGGGAGUCCUGGAAGUUCUUGGUCCAUCCUGAAAGCCUGAAGAAGUCCGUCAAGUCCCUCUCGGGCUGGGGUGACUCGUGGAAGUUCCUCCUUCCGCCGUAUUAGCGAGUCUCUUAGCUACGAUAAAAGCCAAGUAGCUAAGGCGACUUCAAGCAUGACAUCGCUUGAAAUAUUAGAAUGAGUUCAGUUCUUAGUUUAGUUUUUCCUUCUAUAGAUGACAAUAGUGACAUUAUUUUGAAAAUCUUUGUCAGACGAAAUGCAAACAAACCCUAAACUGGUUCCUAACCCCCUGACCCAUCUAGCCCUAACCCCAAACCCCUAACCCAACCCCUAUCUCUAUCCCUAAAAAACAAUAAAUGACUUCACUAUAAGAACUACAGCACUAAUCUAGUUGUGUCUAUUUCACCUUUUCUUCAAAUUUUGUGUCCAUGUAUCAUAAAUUCCAUCAUUCUGACGAUGAAUGUAGCAAUUAGCAUCUUUAAAAGCUGUUUAUUGUGUGGGGCACUGUGGCGCAGCUGGUAGUGCAGCUGUCUCACAGCAGGAAGGUCCUGGGUUCAAUUCCCGCAUUUCUGUAUGAAGUUUGCAUGUUCUCCCUGUGUUCCCUUGGGUAGUUAAACAAAAACAUGCAACAGUCCUGGGCUAUACAUGCCCCCUCUGGCCAACCGAGGCGCCAGAUGGGGGGGGAUAAACUGCUUUUAACCUUGGUUAUUACCUGUUGAAGCUGUAUGAAUUCAAAUAUGCGCUACACACAGAGAGAUGCUCGGACUGAACUAUCUGCCUUUUCAGGAGAAGAACAAUCUCCCCCAAUGACACUGAGCAUGUGAGGACGGUAACGUCUCUAUUAGGACCACAUUAAAAUAAAAUAUUUUACAAAUGACCAACAAUUGACCCUCUCAUGCUGGUCAAAUUUGUGCAAACUCUGAUUGUGGAUGCAUGAACUUUGACAACAACACCUUUAAAUGAUCUCCAAACCCUAUGAUUACAUUAUUGGGAUGUUUCAAGACUUUGUUUCAAAGUAUAUGGUCUGGUUGUUUCUUCAGUGCUUGUAAGAGAAAUCUGUUAACUGUGUAGCUCAACUCGUUUUUUAGUUUGUCUUGAAGGGAUCUCUGUGCCAAGACUGAUGUGUGACCAGUGAUGCUGUGAAUGAAAAUGGAACUUACUCUAUUAUGAAGUCAGCUGUUGUGAUGUCAUUAUGUUGUGUGAUGUCAUCAUGUCCUUUGAUCUUACUUGACUCUGACAGGGUCAUGUGACAUGACAUAUCCUCAGUCCUCCACAGGACCAGAUACAAACCUCGGCCUGAAACUUCCACUGUGCAGAUUCACCCGUUACCUACAGACUGAAGGUAAAAGUCCGUAAGAUUCAAAUGACAAGAACCUCCAAUCCAAACCUCCUCCUCCAGUUGUUGACUUCAUCUUCACUUAAUACAAGAGGUUGUCUAGGCCGGAUGGUCCCCGGCCUGAGUUGGGCGAUGGGGGUGUGUGGCAGGGUGGAGGAGCAGCCACUCAGCUGAUUGGGCACAACUGUGCUCCACCCUGCUUUCCUUCAUAAAGAGCAGCUGCACACCAGCAAGAGGUUUGCUGGGAGAGGUCUCUGCUGAAGGUUCUGCUGGUGCACGUGUGUCUAUGGAAGAAUAAAGGAGUUCCUGCACUAAA